ACGUAAUUUCGCCGUUUACACAUCCAAGUCAAUGAGCAGCACCACGGAGAUGUCUGCCUUUUACACCCGUCUUCCAGGAAGAGAAUUAACCAACGCGUCGCCGAAAUGUAGAGCACAGCACCUACAGAAAACAAAGAACUUUCACGCGUUUAUGAUACACAUGGUUAUAUAAUGGAUCGAUAACAAACCCUAAACGUAUUUAUUACGUGGCCCUGUAACCCUCCCCAAGUCAGGGAGUCGGGUGUGGGUGUUUUUUCUGGUUUAUUUCAAAGAGGAGAACGAGAAAAGGAAAGUGGGAAGAGGAGAACUUCCUGAAUUUAGCGAGACAUGUCAGAAUCCCCAUCGCAGAUCAUAACCAAGGUAUUUGUUGAUUUUAUAAAGCAGAAUCAAGUUCUAGGACCCCGGGGUGAGAUGCGCUUGACGCAGUCGUGUUGUUGACAACUGCAUCGUGUGUGUUGGUAAUCAUCUGUUGCUGAGGGGAACGUUUCGCCGCUCUGUUGUAGACUACAGCAGCGCCUGAAGGAGAGGCGCUCAUUCAGUCCUUCCUCCGUCAGCCCCCUGCCAAACUCCACUUCCUCCCCCGUCCAUGCUCCCACGGCCAGGCCAGCCAGCCGAAUGGAGGACGAGCCUGCCAGGCUGCCAGUGCACCUGCGCCUGCAGCCGGUGUUCUGGAGCAGGGAGGACGUGGGCCAGUGGUUGCGCUGGGCCGAGAGGGAGUUUGCCCUGCGGCCCAACACCAGCGGCAGCUUCCAGAUGAACGGCAAGGCCCUGCUCCUCCUCACCAAGGAGGACUUCCGCUACCGUUCGCCCCACUCCGGGGACGUCCUGUACGAGCUGCUGCAGCACAUCCUGAAGCAAAGGAAGCCGCACGCCUCCUACCCCUCCGCCUACUUCCCCGGCAACUCCUUCCACCCUCUGCCAGAGGGAGCUCUCCAGCACCACAAACUGGAAGAAACGGUACGGCGGACACCACGCAGUACAGAGCUCCAAACCCAGCACCCACCCACCAUUGAGCUCCGACACCGCUCCCGCUCGCCACACCACCCCGCUCCACGCCUCUCCCCUCUGGACCCCAACUACCCACGCCCUGGUGCCGAGGACCACCUCCAGACGUCCUCCCAGCUGCCCGACAGCAACCACCACCUGCCAGAGGACUUGUACACUCUGUCAGUGUCCCCGGCCGCCCCUAACGGCCGCUGCGCCACACCCCGCGAGGCCCCCUGCCCAGGCAGCCCCGGGUGCCAGGACGCUGCCCCCCCUCGUGUCAUCCAGCUCAUGCCCAGCGCCAUCAUGCACCCCCUGCUGCUUAGCCCAGGGCGAGGAGGUGGCGCUGGAGAGUUCAGGCAUGGCCGUGGGGGGCCACCACUUCAGGCCCACCAUGAAAACGGGCGUGAGGGGAAGAGCCACAUCCAGCUGGCACUGGCCCACCACCAGCAGCUCACUCUGCAUCAGCAGGAGGAGGCGCUCUACAGGAACCACCACGUCAUCGUGCCCGUCUCGCCACCAGAGGAGCAGGCAAUGCCCAUUGGACGGAUAGCAGACUGCAGGCUGCUGUGGGACUACGUCUACCAGCUCCUCUCAGACAGCCGGUACGAGAACUACAUCCGCUGGGAGGACACAGAGACCAAAGUCUUCCGCAUCAUGGACCCCAACGGCCUGGCUCGCCUGUGGGGGAACCACAAGAACAGGACCAAUAUGACGUACGAGAAGAUGUCGCGAGCACUGAGACACUACUACAAACUGAACAUUAUCAGGAAAGAGCCAGGACAGAGACUCUUAUUCAGGUUCAUGAAAACCCCAGAUGAGAUUAUGAGUGGACAAACUGACAGGCUGGAGCACAUAGAGUCGGACACAGAUGAUCAAAUCUACAUCAAAGAGGAGUGCUGAGGCCUCUGGGAGAUGGAGUCCGCUAAAGCGAUUAACUACUACAGCCGCUGAUGCCUUUCGGAAAGCAGCUCGAACAAUCGUUUCAAACCAAGAGCGCCCGGACAUUUACUCUAUCCAAAACUCAGAGGAACUUGAAGGUGACGUCUCUCUGCCUUUUAAAACUUCAUAAGAUUUUCUUUCCAGACAAAUCUUAUCAGUUUUCUGUCUUAAUUCAAGGAGUUCAAAGGACCUGGUGAAAAGUAUAUCUCAUGAGACAUUCCUUUUCCCUGAAUUGCCACAGCAAAUCAAUCAUUUCAUGCUUGUCAUGUCAUAUUGUUGAUUUUUCUUCCCCACGUCUGCAUUAAGUAUAAGAAAAUGUUGCAAUUUGAGCAAAUAAUGGGAGGGGGUGUGGAACGUUUUCACCACCGAAUAAAUAUUUUUGAAUAAUUUGUAUGGCUGACUGACCUCUUUAAACUGCAUCUGACCUUAUUGCCUGAAGCAUAAGUCUAGCAAUCAUUCCUGAAAAGAUUGAAUGAAGUGAUAUGUAGGCUAAAUAUAACUGCCAACAUCAAGUUUGGAAUUUAUUCUGAAACAAUCCACAUGGUGGCAAUGCUGCACCACUUUUGACUGUAAACCAACAGUUCACUGCACUGUAGCCCAAGUCCAGCUCUGUUGAAGUUCACAAGGAAUAAAAGGUCCAAUGCCGCC